AGAGAUAAAAUGUCAAUGAGAGGAAUCGGAGGGCCACUUCUAUGCAUCGGAGAUCUUCUGAACGACGUCGGAGAAGAACAACAAGGACACUCUCUCCGUCGCGAAGCUUCUCCCUCUCCCUCCUCUUCCCAUCUCAACGAUAACGAUCCACCUCCUAACCUCCUUACACUCUUCCAGGAAUAUUACGAUCACUUGAAUUCGGCUCUCUCCGGCACCGACCACUCUUGGACUUCUCUCACUUUGAAGUUAUGCACUUCUUUAGAAACUGCUAAUCAGUUGGUUCAGUCGACCAACUCAAAUGUUGCAUCCUUGUCAGAGAAGGUUGAGGAACUACAGAAAAUUGUUAAGAGAGGGGAUUCGGCGAUAGCAGCAGCGAAGGCACUUUAUUAUGUUACCCCUGACAAUCACAGUAGUGCCUCAAAGUGAAACAAGGUUAGUAAAAUUGUAUAUCUGGUAUGAUUGGACAGGGUAUUUGUUAUGGUGUUUAUUUUUAGUCCAAUAGAAGGAUUUUUUGCUAUAUGGAGAGAAAGACAUUCAAUACUGAAAAGUUGUCAAAAUCUUAUGGCUACAAAUUUCCAGCAGUUAUUUUUUAUUUGCAGGGCUAUUGUUUAUUUCUUAUGUUUUCUUUUAUGUCAUUUAUUUUAAGAGCGACAGCCGGAACAUAGUGUUUCAUUGCUGACCAUGAAUUUAGUUUCACAUACAUCUGUGGAUGGUUUGAGUUAGCACUCUGAUUCUACAGCAUCAAAACUGAAUAAGAACAGAAGUACGAUUCAAUCAAAUUUUGUUUAAAUUGUAGUUGAUCACCAUGGGGCAUAUUAUCUUUGCAGUGAUGCUUUCAUACCAAGUAUUAUUACGUUUGUUUUCCUCUACUAAGUGCUUUGUAGUUAAAGAAAACCCAGGGAAUACUGGAGAAAAAGACAAAUACAUACUAUUGUGUUAGGUUCUU